GCUCAAUCAGCCCCACUACCACCGCCAACGUAUAACCACGGCACCCCCUCGCUCUUUCCAUAGCCUCUUGUGCAUUUUACAAGCAUUCCUUCCAACCCCUAGCCUCUCUUUACAGCGCUGCUCGCUUCGAGUCUCUAACGCUGUCAACGCUGCGGGACCGCAGCCCACCUCGACUCGGUCCACCUCGACUCGGUCCACCGCUGUGUCGCCCCAACUCACUGCUCCUAGGCUCCCCGGAAGUCGGCAAGCUGGGGAAGAGAAGGUUUUCCGGUGAGGACCUUGGGAGUCCGCAUAAGAAAGCAAUGUCGGAUAAAAUGCAGGUCGACAGCCCUGCCACUGUCGCUGAGCAACUAAAAGAUGCUAACGGCGAGAUCGACGAAUCCCUCUACAGUAGGCAGCUGUACGUUCUUGGCCACGAGGCCAUGAAGCGUAUGGGCUCCUCCAAUGUCCUCGUUGCCGGGCUGCGAGGUCUUGGUGUCGAGAUCGCGAAGAACAUCGCGCUUGCUGGUGUCAAGUCUCUCACCCUGUAUGACCCGAAGCCUGCAACCCUCGCAGAUCUCUCCGCACAGUUCUUCCUCCACCCCGAAGACGUCGGGAAGCCGCGAGCCAGUGUUACCGUUCCCCGUGUCUCCGAGCUCAAUCCGUACACGCCUGUUCAGGAAUAUACUGGAGCCAGUUUGACAUCAGAUAUGGCUCAGUUGAAGCAGUUCCAGGUCGUAGUGCUCACGGAUACAACUUUGAACGAUCAAGUCAAGAUUGCUGACUACUGCCACGAGAACGGCAUCUAUGUCGUCAUAACUGAUACCUUUGGGUUGUUUGGUACUAUAUUCACAGACUUCGGCAAGAAUUUCACCGUCGGCGACCCAACGGGAGAGAACGUCAACAGCGGUAUCGUAGCUGAUAUCGACUCGGAUGGCUUGGUUUCUGCCUUGGAUGAGACUCGACACGGCCUAGAAGAUGGCGACUUUGUUACAUUUUCCGAAGUUGAGGGCAUGGAGGGCUUGAAUGGCUGCGCACCACGUAAGAUCGAGGUCAAAGGCCCGUAUACAUUCUCCAUCGGCGAUGUUUCCGGCCUUGGAGAGUACAGGCGCGGUGGCCAAUAUACCCAGGUUAAGAUGCCGAAGAUUUUGGACUUUGAGCCUCUGAGCAAGCAGCUGAAGAAACCUGAGCUUCUGAUCUCGGAUUUUGCGAAAUUUGAUCGACCACAGCAGCUUCACGUUGGCAUACAGGCGCUCCAUGCCUUUGCGGAAAAUCAUAGUGGAGAACUCCCACGCCCGCACAACGAGGCCGAUGCGUCCGAGGUCUUCAAGAUUGCCGAGAGUCUUGCUGGCCAAGGAGAUGACAAGGUUGAGCUGGAUGAGAAGGUUAUCAAAGAGCUGAGCUACCAGGCCAAGGGUGAUAUUAGCCCCAUGGAUGCGUUCUUUGGCGGAAUGGCUGCCCAGGAGGUUCUCAAAGCCGUGUCCGGAAAGUUUCAUCCCAUUGUCCAGUUUCUUUACUUCGAUUCCCUCGAAUCGCUACCGGCCUCCUGCCAGCGCUCAGAGGAGCAGUGCAAGCCUCAAGGCACACGAUACGAUGGCCAAAUCGCAGUAUUCGGAAAAGACUUCCAAGAGAAGCUUGGCAAUGUCAAAGAAUUCUUGGUUGGCGCUGGGGCUAUCGGUUGCGAGAUGCUAAAGAAUUGGGCUCUGAUGGGCUUGGGCGCAGGGCCAGAAGGUAAGAUUUGGGUGACGGACAAUGACCAAAUCGAGAAGAGCAACCUAAAUCGACAGUUCCUGUUCAGGCCUACAGACGUCGGCAAGCUCAAGAGUGACUGUGCAGCCAAAGCUGUUGAGGCAAUGAACCCGGACCUAAAAGGCCACAUCCUGACUAUGCAAGAUAAGGUCGGACCGGAGACUGAGCACAUCUUCAACGAAAUCUUCUGGGAGGGACUGGACGCAGUUACGAAUGCGUUGGAUAAUGUAGAGGCGCGAACAUACGUCGACCGUCGAUGCGUUUUCUUCCGGAAGCCACUUGUGGACAGUGGUACACUUGGAACGAAAGGCAACACCCAGGUGGUUCUUCCACAUAUCACAGAAUCAUACUCAUCUUCUCAGGAUCCACCAGAGAAAUCAUUCCCCAUGUGUACACUAAGAAGCUUCCCGAACAAGAUUGAGCAUACGAUCGCUUGGGCUAGGGAAAUGUUUGACUCAUUCUUUGUCAAGGGCCCAGAGGUUGUCAAUCUCUACCUCAACACGCCCAACUACCUUGGAUCCACCUUAAAGCAGUCGGGCAAUGAAAAGCAAACUCUAGAGACUCUCCGUGAUUUCCUGGUAACGGAGAAACCAUUGACCUUCGAUGACUGCAUAAUCUGGGGUCGCCACCAGUUCGAGAAGAAUUACAACCAUGCCAUCCAGCAACUGUUGUACAAUUUCCCCAAGGACUCAACAACUGGCUCAGGCCAGCCUUUCUGGUCAGGACCCAAACGCGCUCCAGACGCACUUAAGUUCGACCCCGCAAAUCCUACACACUUCACCUACGUAGAAGCUGCUGCACAUCUCCAUGCGUUUAAUUACGGCAUCAAUCCAAAGGGUGUCUCAAAGGAGCAUUACCUGGAGGUGCUCAAUGACAUGAUUGUUCCUGACUUCAAGCCAGAUCCAAGUGUUAGGAUUCAAGCAAGCGACAGCGACCCAGAUCCCAAUGCCCAGCCCUCCGGUCCCAUGGAUGACAACGAAUAUUUAAACAAGAUGGCCGACUCUCUCCCUGCACCUAAGUCUGUCGCUGGCUAUAAGCUAGAACCUGUGGAGUUUGAGAAGGACGAUGAUACCAACCACCAUAUCGACUUCAUCACAGCAGCUAGCAAUCUUCGUGCGGAGAACUACAAGAUCGAGACGGCUGAUCGACACAAGACUAAGUUCAUCGCUGGUAAGAUCAUUCCAGCCAUUGCCACGACCACAGCAUUGGUGACUGGUCUCGUCAACCUUGAGCUGUACAAGAUCCUUGACGGCAAGACGAAUAUUGAGCACUACAAGAACGGCUUCGUGAACUUGGCGUUGCCCUUCUUCGGUUUCAGUGAGCCGAUCGCUAGCCCCAAGGGCAAAUAUAUUGGCCACGGCGGCAAGGAAGUGUCAAUAGACAAGCUGUGGGAUAGAUUCGAGGUCGAUGAUAUUACGCUCCAGGAAUUCAUCGACGACUUUGAGAAAAAGGGCCUUAACAUCUCCAUGGUCAGCUCAGGUGUUAGCCUUCUCUAUGCCUCUUUCUACCCACCUUCGAAGCUGAAGGAUAGGAUGGGUCUCACGAUGAGCAAGCUUGUUGAGCAUAUUAGCAAGAAGCCAAUCCCAGAUCAUCAGAAGAACGUCAUCUACGAAGUCACAGCGGAAGAUCAAACGGAUGAGGACGUCGAGAUUCCAUACGUGAUGGUCAAGCUGCGGAAGUAGGAGACAUCUAGUUUGGUUACAUCAAGGGUUUUGGGUGACGGGAGGCGUGUAGCGCAUGGCGCUUGGCACUCAUGAUGUUGGUGGAUGUAUAGACGAACACAGCCUUGGGCAUGAAUAGAUAUUCCACUCAAAUGCAUUCGAGUUGAACUUUGAA